AUGCUGGAGACAGAACAUGACAAGAAUCAAACAAUCUCAAAGUUUCUUCUUCUGGGCCUGCCCAUCAAACCAGAGCAGCAAAACCUGUUCUAUGCCCUGUUCCUGGCCAUGUAUCUUACCACAGUCAUGGAAAACCUCCUCAUUAUCGUCCUUAUUCAACUGGACUCCCACCUCCACACACCCAUGUAUUUGUUUCUCAGCAACUUGUCCUUCUCUGACCUCUGCUUCUCUUCUGUGACCAUUCCCAAGUUGUUGCAGAUCAUGCAGAGCCAAGAUCUAUCUAUUUCCUAUACAGGUUGUCUGACUCAAAUGUAUUUCUUUCUGUUUUUUGGGGACCUGGAGAGCUUCCUCCUUGUAGCCAUGGCCUAUGACCGCUAUGUGGCCAUCUGUUUCCCCCUGCACUACACCAUCAUCAUGAGUCCCAAGCUCUGUCUCUCCCUGGUGGUGCUGUCCUGGGUGCUGACCACGUUCCAUGCCAUGUUGCAUACCUUGCUCAUGGCCAGACUGUGUUUUUGUGCCAACAACGUGAUCCCCCACUUUUUCUGUGAUAUGUCUGCUCUGCUAAAGCUGGCCUGCUCUGACACUCGAGUUAAUGAAUUGGUGAUAUUUAUCAUGGGAGGCCUCAUUAUUGUUAUCCCAUUCCUACUCAUCAUCGUGUCCUAUGUGAGAAUUGUCUCCUCCAUCUUCAAGGUCCCUUCUGCUGGGGGUAUCUGUAAGGCCUUCUCCACCUGUGGUUCCCACCUUGCUGUGGUGUCACUGUUCUUUGGGACAAUUAUUGGUCUCUACUUAUGCCCAUCAGCUGGUAAUUCUACUCUCAAGGACACUGUCAUGUCUAUGAUGUACACUGUGGUGACCCCCAUACUGAACCCCUUCAUCUAUAGCCUGAGGAACAGAGACAUGAAGGGAGCCUUGCAAAGAGUCAUUUGUCAAAAGAAAAUUCCCUUUUCUCUGUGA